AGCAGAUUUACUUGCCAAAACAUGCUUUCGAUGUGAUAUCCAGAGCCAUUCACCGGGAGCCUAGACAGAUUUGUGAAAUUUAGGCUUUUCAGUCCUGAAUGUUACUUGAUGUCGAAAUCAUAAUUUCCAUGUCGAUUAUACCGUCUGCUGUUACGGAAUGGGCUUCUCCAUUUGAUUCCGCUGCUCAAAAUGGUGUCUCUAAUCAACGUACGACAACUCCCGCCUUGUUGGCUUGCCUUGACGGGCCGCCGAAAUCACUCUGCUAUCCGGCUCUCGAUCCACAAUCGGUUAACCAUCUAGCUUCGACUGAGGCUUGUGUACACUCAUCCGGGCAGGCAGAACCUAGCGUCAUCUCACAGUUGUUCUUCAUUCAGUCAAAUUUUAAUUCACCUAAUAGCUGUACUCGUCACACUCAGCCCCCGAUGUCCAUCUACUUGGGGUCUAUCACAUGUCCACCACCUAACGAACGGAACCGAAGUCGACCCAGAAGGCGACCAUGGUCAGAACACGAAGAUAUCACACUUUUCAAUUUGUACUACUUAAAUGGUCCCAAUUGGGAUCUCAUUUCCACCCAGUUGUCAUCAAUGAACACUGCUCGACCUCGUACUGCACUCGAUGUCCGACGACGGUAUGAACAUAUACUGCGACGAAGUAUGUUGACGACUUUCUUGGGGAGCAAAGAGAACCGCCCGCCCAGUACUGCAAAAAAACCACUUGAAGCUGAUCUAUGCUGGAAAGCCGAGAAGCAGGGGGACCACGUCGCGUGGUCACGCGUGUUGACUGGUUCCUCAACUCACAACUUCUCACAUGGAAGCUUCACUCAUUGGCCACUUAGUAGGCGGCGGCGUUAUGACGAUCCAACUGUUUGUGUAUCACCUUUCCCGGUGCCCCACAAACUUGCACACCAGGUUAUUGGUGUUUUGACACCCACCAUACCAUCUUUGCUCAGUCAGCUGUCUGUCCGUAAGUCUUCGCCGGAGCGUUUAACAAUUAGUCUUCCUUGUCCAUCCGAACUUGCGACCCGCCAACUAAGUUCUCGACCGAUAGUGCAAACAUCCAACCCAACCCCAUCAACGAGUUCGCAGUCACUGGUGACCCGACCUCAGUUCAAUCUUACAAGCAGCCUACCUCCUGCAUCUACAUGUAGCAUUUCCCAAGCGUCUCAGGUAUCCAUUGCUCCGGACACUAUCUCAGCCCACCCUGGUCUGCCCAGUCUCCCGAACGCCGUCCACCGUUCCAUUGCUGGUUCGGGUUAUACUACGGAUGACAACUUUCUUGUCCAGACUCCAACUAAAGCACUCAGUGAAACCGAUCAAAUGUCUUUCCAUCUUGUGAGUCCUCCGGCUGUGUUGCGCAACCUGGCCUCGGGGAACAACAGUGCACGUUAUGUCGGCCUUCUCCACCGAGGUUUUAACGACUCCGAGAAAGCUUCAGGAUUCCAUCGUUCCGUGUGUACACGUCUAUUCGAUAGCCCAACAGAUCCGCUAAAACACGAACUUGGUCCAGAGCGGGUAGACCAUGUGGUUCGUCCGGUAGCAUAUCGAUCGGUUGAUCCCAGCAUUUUGUCGGCUCCCACGGACUUUGAUUGUCUGGAGGUACUAACGGCGAAAGCGACUGUUUGGAAUCGGGCUUUUACACCAAUCUCCUCAUCAGCCUGCGCCCCCAUCAGUGCCCCUAAGGCAUCGUUUUCCGUGCACCCAACAGGGACACUCAUCCUGCCCCAGGAGUCUUCCUGUUUACGACGGAACGGUGAUUCUCCUUGUUCUGUCGAAGGGCCAAUACAGGAACCUCUAAGUCCACUCUUACCACUGAAAUUCCAUCCUCGACAACAGCCCCAAUUGUCAUGUCGGCGAGUUGUCCAGAUUGGCUUAGAGAUGAGAGUCCAGUUGCAUAACUCUACCGAGGCGAGCGCAGCACCAGCAGCAACAAACAGAAGUCAGCAGCCAGACUCAGACUCACCGGCGAUGGGCGAUGCACCCGUGCUACUGGAGUGGUGGCGGGUAUACGAACGCACCAUGGUGCAACGUAACAGGGCGACCCUCCCUGCAGGGCGGACACGUCCAACACACGAGGUUUUUUCCCUCGUGCAUGCUACUAGAUCUGCAAGGUGGAAAACCAUCCAAGCAGUCAUAAUUGCGGUUUGUGCAUUAAUAAAUCCUCCAGCUACCAUUUUUUGGUCGGUUGAAAGCAUGGCCAGUAAAGACAGCUCAGUCAAUCCGAACAAGCAACAGCAUGCGGAUGCUGGUAGAGGCAAGUCGAGGAGGAGAGGUGAAAUGACAAUUGUCAACGAGUCGGUGGGACUGGAAUGUUGA